AUGGCGGCGGGUAAGCCGUGGUGCGACCGGUACCGAAAAUGCGAGGACGGCGACUCGCACUUUAGCGAGCUGGAACUCAUCACCUGGGGUGGUGUUUGCUCGGUUACUGGCAACGAAAUGGGUUGGGGCAACUGUAUCGCGUCCGAGUCGGCGGAGCUGAAACGUAAAUACGAGGAAGACUUCAAGUCGGAUGACAUCCGCAUGCAUCAGUACUGGCCGCAAGGCUUUCGAUGGACGUGCUGUGGCAUACUUAGCGAUAUGAACUUUGGGUGCGAUCACCACGGCACCGGUCCUAAGCCCUGCUCGUGUAACUUCUGCCAUAGCGGAAAGUCGUUGCCGGAUAGUGUCUACAAGGAUACGAUACCACGUCAUGGGCUACAGCUCUCUCGUGGGCCGGAUCCGCGGUCGUAUGAUGAGGCUGAAGCUGCGACUGCGGCAUCGAUGCGCCCUUUAUUUGGCUUACCGUCAUAG